AUGGCGUCUCCGCAGCUCUGGACCGUCGGCGUGACGCUCUCGCUCGCGGCCACACUCUUCGGCACGCUGGGCAAAGUGCUGCUGAAGCUCUCGCACACGUCGUCGCAGGCGCUAUGGGUCAAGACGGCGGCCGCCGCGUGCGUGUUCGUGCUCAAUCCCGUGCUGGAUGCCAUUAGUUACGCGUACGCUGCGCAGUCCAUCUUGGCGCCCAUGGCCGGCUUUAGCGUCGUGUGGAACAUCCUGUUGUCGCCGUAUCUGCUGCACGAGGAGCUGUCGACUCAAGACGUGAGAGGAACGGCCGUCAUCUUGCUCGGGUGUCUGCUCGUGGGCGUCUCGGGCAGUCACGACACGCCGACACAUCGCAGUGCGGAGCUCUUUGCACUGUUCCGAAGCCGUCUGUUCGUCGAGUACGCGCUUUUCGCAGGCUGUACUGCCGUACUGUUGGCGUGGGUCAUUUGCAGAUGGCCUCAGAAGAGCGGCUGGAGAAGGUUUGCGUUCGGUGCGCUGUCGGGUCUCAUUGGUGGCAAUCUCUUCUUCCUCAAGGCCUCGAUCGAGCUGGUUGUCGAAGGCGGAGCCGUUUGGUCGAACGUGGAGACGUAUGCUAUCAUUGCAGCCGCUCUGUCGUCAGCAGGCAGUGGCAUCUUCGUGCUGGACCAAGGCCUGCGCGAGUACGAAGCGCUCUACCUCGUCGCGAUCUACCAGGCAUUCCUCAUUCUGAUCGGCUCGGUGUCGGGCGUGGUCUUCUUCCACGAGAUCGCGGGCAUGACCGCGUGGUGGCAGCUGGCCAUCUACCCUCUCAGCAUUGUCACGACGGUGGGUGGCAUCAUCGUCUUGUCGGAGAGACACACGGAGCACUACGAUCCAGUGCAUCCGACCGGUGCGAGCAAUGGAGUCAAGCGCGGUGAGAUCUCGCCGCUCAUUGUCGCACCGGUCGACAAGGGCAAGAACAGCUCAGCACAUGGCUCCAUCGAAGUCGUGUGA